CUUUAAUUCGAGAUAAACAUGCCGCAGGACAUGUGCAGUUCAUACAAUUUUUAACUUCUGGUGUAAAAAAAAAGUAAUAUUCGUUUUUCUUAAGCUCAACGAUGGCAAUUGAAACAAUCCACAAGGCAGGAGCCUUGAAACAAACAAAUAAGGCUCACAAACAUGGGAAACACGCCUCAAAGCGAGCCUUGGAACGGGUGGCUAAAGGCAAAACGAACUUAAAAUCUGUUACGAAGAAGGCGAAACGCGAGUUGGGCCGAGAGGACCGUCGGCGGCAGGCGAAUCAGAUUCGUAAAAAUAAACGUCAGGAGGCGAUGGCGCUGAAGCGGGCUUUAGGCGGAGCUACAACGGCUCCAUUUUUGACCUGCGUGCUGCCGUUGCAUGCCAAUGUGGAUGCGAACUCGGCGAUGGCUAUUCUUGAGGGUUGUGAUGAGGAAGCCACCGUUAAAAAGCUUUCUAAUGGAAUGCGUUAUAUCAAUGUACCACGAUUUCGUCAACGUUUUUCCUUUCUAGUUCCCCAGAGCGGUCAUGGUCGUGAAUUAGAGAUAUUGGACUGCUUGAAGGUAUGCGACUCCUCAAUUUUGUUAGUUUCGGCCACCGAAGCAGAGGACGAUGUCAUUGAUAAGGCAGGCGCAAAGAUUUUGAACAUGGCCCUGAGCCAAGGACUACCAACACCGAUGGUUUGCUUGAUGGAUCUUGAAUCAAUCGCCCCCAAGAAAAGGGCACAGGUUAAAGCUAGCGUCCAGAAAGCGCUAUCAACAGUCCUGCCAGACGAGAGGCUUAUGACUUUGGAUUCCAACACCGAUGGGCUAAAUCUGCUUCGCCGGGUGGGUGGACAGAAGCGGAAAAUUUUGCACAAUAGAGCCAACAGACCACAUCUGUUUGGAGAGCACGUCGAGUACGUGGCGCAAAUGGGCGAAGAGGGUGUGGGGACGCUCAAAAUCACUGGAUAUUUGAGGGGUGUUGCACUGUCAGUGAAUCAGCUUGUUCACAUUCCCGGUUUGGGAGAUUUCCAGAUGUCAGAAAUUUACGCUAUAGAUGAUCCCUAUAAGCUACGGAAAAAUGACGAAGAAAUGUCUUCCGAGGGGACAAAGCUGCUUGCUAAAGCGGAUCCACUCAAGCAAACUAGUUUGCAGCGGGAAAACAUCCCGGAUGAAAUGGACGCCGAGCAAACGUGGCCAACUGAGGAGGAAAUCGCAGCAUCAAGAAGCGAAAAUAAGAAAAAGCUGGUCAAACGUGUUCCCAAGGGCUGGAGUGAAUAUCAAGCAGCUUGGAUUCCGGAUGUUGAGGAGGUUUCGGAUGAUGACAGCGAAGAGGAUGAUAAAGAUGAUGAAGACUACAUGUCCUGUGAGUCGGACACCGAAAGUAAGGCGGCAGAGGACGAUGGUGGCUCGGAAGACGAUGAGGAGUUCGAUGAGAUUAGCGUGUCCGAUGGCCCAGUAUCGGCUGAUAAGUACGACAAGCAAAUGGACAUGGAGGAGGAAAAGCGAACGUUGGCAAAAUUGCAGGCCGCCAAGGAUGAUGAAGUGUUCCCGGAUGAAAUAGACACACCGGCAAAUGUUCCAGCGAGGGAACGGUUUCGCAAAUAUCGCGGGCUGGAAUCCUUCCGGACAUCUCCUUGGGAUGUGAAGGAAAAUCUUCCGCUGGAUUACGCUAAGAUAUAUCAGUUCAAAAAUUUCGAUCGCACUAAAAGACGAAUCAUAAAAGAAGCCCAGGAGGUGGAUGACGGAGUUAUGCCCGGAUGGUAUAUUCAGAUUUUGGUUAAAGCUGUUCCUCAGGUUCUGUGGAACGCCUACCUUUCAACUGGAAAUCAAAGUUGUUUGAUAUUGUACGGUUUGCUGCCACACGAGCAUCAGAUGUCCGUUAUGAACGUUUGCCUUAAGCGAACUCCCAACUCUUCGAUUCCAAUCAAAUCCAAAGAGCGACUUAUCGUUCAGUGCGGUUACCGGCGGUUUAUUGUGAAUCCUAUCUUCAGUCAGCACACCAAUGGAGAUAAACACAAAUAUGAGCGAUUUUUCCGCCCUGGAAUGACGGUGGUGGCCACCUUCUUUGCACCAAUUCAAUUCCCCCCGGCACCAGUGAUUUGUUUCCGCGAAAAUCCUGACACUUCGCUGGCAAUGGUGGCCUGCGGAAGUAUCGUCAGCUGUAGUCCGGAUAGGGUGGUGCUGAAGCGUGCCGUACUUAGUGGACAUCCGUUUAAGAUUCAUCGCAAAUCCGCGGUCAUUCGCUACAUGUUCUUCAACCCAGAGGAUAUCGUGUACUUUAAGCCAUGCAAGCUGAGAACUAAGCUGGGUCGGUUGGGUCAUAUUAAGGAAUCGCUAGGAACUCACGGCCACAUGAAGUGCAUCUUCGAUGCACAGUUAAAAUCACAUGACACGGUGCUGCUGUACUUGUACAAACGAGUCUAUCCAAAGUGGACGUAUGAGGAUUGUGUCGUUUCUUGUUCUCGGUCGGCAGACGACACCUGUGUUGCCUCCGGUUCCGGAACUAGUUUGAAGGAGGACGAAGAUAUGCAGGAGUGAUAGAAUACUAUUAGGUAUGAGUUUAAUAAUCUUUGAAUGAAUAUUAUAACCGAUGUUAUAUAUUGCCCAAUACAAUCAGCGAUGAA